CUGAAAGGCUUUUUUCUAAAUUCAAGUUUGAUCCUAAAUAUGUUCCAAAGAGGAUUGGUGGCUCUGUGUCUUCUAAUGAAGUAAAUGAUGAUGUGAAGGUAUUAAAAACCGGUUUCUGUUUGCAUAUUUUUUGUGUAUGUUUAUCAUUAGUUAUGUUCAUGCUUUUUAUGUAUAUAAUAUUCAGGUAUCUCAUGGAAAGUUGGACCAGAUUUGUGCUGAAAUUACUUCUAUCAAAGAGUGCCAACAACAAAUCAAGGAUGGUAUUUCCAGCUUGAGGAUUGAGUUUUUGAGUGAAUUUGCUAAAUUAGCAGAAAUUAUCAAAGGAUUGAAGAAGAAGGAGAAUGAUGGAACCUCUAAGGACUCUGAAUUUUUUUCAUCACCUAUAAGAGAGGCAUACUAUCAGGAUAUAACGGAUGAUGGUGGUGCGUUACAGUUGUCCGUUCAUUCUGUUCAAGCUGAGGAGGAAAAGGAGACUUUGAAUUUUGAAAAUAUGUUUAUCGAUCCUGAUUUUCUUAAGGGUGUGGUUGAUAGCACUGUUAAGAGUGCUUUGAAGACAGAUGAUGUUUCGUUUGAUGAUGAUAGUGAUAAGUUGAGUUUGGUUUUGUACGAUGAAUCGUAUUUGUCUCCGGAGGUUCAAAAGAGGCAGCCCAAACCAAGCUCUGUUGUUCUGUCGCCAUAUGUUGUGGACUUUGGGUCUUCGUCAUCUUCGAAGGAAGACUUAAUGAGGAUUGUGGAAGAUGAUAAAUUUAUUGUGCAUGGAAUCAAUCCUUUUAAAGAUGAAAUUGGUUUUAAUACUAGUGCUGAGCAGUGCAUUAAGUUUUCCAAAUUUAUUGAUGAGAACAUUGUCAUGAAUAGGGGUGUGAAGAAGUACUCCGAUGCGGACAACAUCUUAUAUCCACCGAUGGAUUUUUCUUUCAUUGAAAUUUCCGAGAAGAUGUGGUUCUACGAGCUUCAUGCUUGUGGUGUUUUUCUGCGUGACAGUCAUUUGGAUGUGGUGUUCUAUUACCUCAGGAAAAAGAUUAAGCAAGACAAUAUUUUGGAACAGAGGAUUACCACUACUGAUUGUUUAUUUGAUCAAGUCAUGUGGAAUUCGUACAAUCAAUUUUUGAAAUCGGGUUCUAAUCCUUCUAGGAUUGACUUUGAUAAUGUCAUUCCUAGAUACAUGGUUGGUGAGUAUUUGUUUUGUAAUACUCCUUGGGUGCUUACUGACCAUGUUCUUAUGUAUGUCAAUAUUCAAAAGCACAAACAUUGGAUAUUGGUCCAUUUUGACAUCAAGGAGAGGAUGUUGAACAUAUAUAACUCCAUGUCUGGUGCUGUCAACAAGAAACGCGCUUUGGAUCAUGUCAAAGCUUAUUCUUCUAUGCUGCCGUUUUAUUUGGAGUAUCUUGAUGUGUAUUCUUCUAGGCCGGAUCUUAAUUUGGAUCAAGGUCCAUAUUCCGUUGGGAAAAGAGAGCCUUUGAAUUUCAAGUUCAUAGAUGGUCUUCCAAGUCAAGUCAAUAGUGACUGUGGAGUGUUUGUCAUUAAAUUUGCUGAAUUUUUCAUUCGUGGGAAAAUUCAUGACAUUCCAGCUAACAUGUCUGAUUUGGUAGCCGUAUAUAGAGAUGAUAUUGCUGUGAGCUUGUUUAUUCAUGCUAAGAGGAAACAAAUUGGUGGUUAUAUAACGGAUGAUGAAGUGAUGAAAAAGGGCAAGAAAUCAAAGGAUAAGGCAAAUGUCAAAGGGAAGGAUAUUCCAAAGGGAAAGCGCAAAGCGAAAUGAUUUCAAACAAUGUUCUAUAGUUUUUAGUUUUCAGACAAACUGGUUUCAUUUGGUUUUUUUUAUUAUUUUUUUUUUGUAUUUGAUAUUUUAAGACAAUGCUAUAUAGUUUUUUAGUGUUGUUUUUUUUUUUUUGAAAGACUUGUUACUUAGUUAAAGUGGUUGUAUUUUUUUGUUGUAAAGACUGGAUGUUUCAAUGAAUCAGCAACCCUUUGUAUUAUAAGUUUUUAGUUCAUGGCUAAUUUUUUUUUAUUUCUUUUUUUAUUCUAACUGGUUUCUUUUUUACUAUUAAUUUCAAUUUUUUUUAUUUGAAUGUACUGUUAACUGAUUUUUGUUUUUUUUUUGUUUUGUUUUUCUUUUUAUGUAGGUGAUACCAAUGGCAGUAUGUGUUUUUAUUUAUUUGGUAAGUGGCACUUGGUUUUUUUAGUAUACUUUCUCAAUAACUGGUUUCUUGUUUUUAUAAAAUUUAUAUUUUUGAAUGUACCUUUUUGAAAUAAUCUAAGAUAUUUAGAAAAAAUCUUUAAAACAAUGAUUAUGUAAACAGAUAAAAUUUCAAAAGUGUAAAAAUGUUGUGUGUAUCCUUGUGAAAAAAUUAUAUUCUGUUCAACUUCAUUCAAAGUUGAGAAACCAGUUUCUAUAAAACUGUCAAUCACUAAAAUUAUAUAAUGUUCUACUUUAUUCAAUGCUGAGAAACCAGUUUUUAUAAAACUGUCAAUGAAUAUCUAUUUCUAUUGUAGCUGUUCAUUCAUUCUUCUCUGACUCGUUGCUUUUGUUAUUCUGUUUUGGUGGUUUGUAAAGCUGUGGGUUAUUGCACGUUCUUCGGUUGUGGCCAACUUUUCCGCACCUUGUACAUUUCAAGACAACUUUUGGUUCUCCUUUUGAUCUUAUUCUUUUCUUUCUAGGUCUCCCGGCUGGUUUUCUUGAUUUUGGUGGCCACACUAUUCUCUCCAUGCUCUCAGGUAUAGUCCAUUCUCUUUCAUUUGGUAGAGGAUGUACAGUUCUUUCAUAGGUUGCCUUCAUUGUUGCUGUUUUGUAAUAAUCGGCAACAUAGUCAUAAGCUCUUAAUCCUCUUUUUGCAAAUACAGCUAUUGCAUGUGAGCAUGGUAUCUCAUCUAGUUGGAACCUUCUGCAGCUGCAUGUUCUUUCCAAUAUGUUGAUUGUGAAAUCACCUUUUUCUUGCACCUUUACUUGGUACUGGAUUGUUGUGAUUGCGAUGACCUGUUUUUUUUUGUUUUGAAAUAUAAGAU